AUGAGCGUCACUGUAGACAUUGCGGCCUUCCCAGGCUAUGCGUUUCUGUUAGCCACAGCUUCAUUGACAGCACUGUUUUUGGUGAUAUGGACUGUCCUCUCAGUCCGGGGACCCUCCGUACCAAAAGGCCUCCGCCGCCCACCGUCGCCGCCAGGAUCGCGGCUAUUCAGUGGCCACAGCCAUAUAUGGUCCGGAAAUGCCACGAGUAAUCCGAGUCAGAGUCAGCUUGUCAAAUGGGCACAAGAGUAUGGCGAAAUCUAUGAGAUCAGGCUCGGUGUCGAGCGCUGGGUUGUCCUCAGCUCGCCAGAAGCCGUGAAAGAAGUCUUUGACAGAAAUGGCGCCCUCACCUCGAGCAGACCCCGUAUGCGAGUGGCCAUGGAUCCAUAUGGUAAACAGUGGCGUUCCAUCCGAGCCAUAGCCCACCGCUGCCUAAGCGUCAAGGCCGCGGACGUGAUGAAACCGUCACAGAGUCUGGAGUCUCAUCACUACCUAUACGACAUCCUCAACGACCCGGACAACUUUCUCGACCAUGUGAAACGAUACACCUCUAGUGUCAUCAUGUACUCGAUCUACGGACGCCGUGUCCUGAACCUUGACGACCCUGUCUUGAAAGCGAUCUACCAAGAGACCAGCGUGUUUGGGAAGGUGGUCGGCAGCAGGUUUCUGGUCGAUCAGUAUCCUAUAUUGGCCAAACUGCCAAAGUCACUCCAGUGGUGGCGCAGAAAGUACGAACCGUGCCACCAAUUCGAAGCGAAUCUUUGGAUGGGGCUGUGGAAGGACCUCAAGAAACGGCUCGACGCCGGCGUCCGCACUGGUUGCUUCGCCGAGAAGUUCAUGGAAGAAGACUAUCUAGCAAUGGGAAUCUCCGAGCUGCAGGCCGCAUAUGUUGCGGGCAGUAUGAUCGAAGCCGGCAGCGACACCACCCAGCUCUCGAUGAACAGUCUCAUCUUAGGUCUAGUGGCUUUCCCGGAGGUGGUGACGAAAGCCCACAAAGAACUGGACGCUGUUGUCGGCGACAGAAUGCCACAAUUCGCAGAUAUUCCGAAUCUGCCAUACAUUCGAGCCAUGGUCAAGGAAGUCCUUCGAUGGCGGAGUGUCUCAAACGACCAUAUCCGUCAUGAUACCACGGGCGAUGUCGUGUACAAGGACUACUUUAUCCCCGCGGGUUCGACUGUGGUCAUAAAUCAAUGGGCAUUACAUUACGACCCGAAUCUGUUCCCAGACCCGCAUCGGUUCAACCCCGACCGUUAUCUUAACCACCCUUCUAAUGACUUGACGGCCGGUGAAUGCAUACACACCAGUGACCUUCGUCUUCGAGACCAUUGGUCUUUUGGUGCCGGAAGGCGCGUGUGCGCAGGCUACAAUCUCGCAGAGAACUCCCUUCUCAUCCUAACCGCGCGACUCCUCUGGGCAUUUGACGUACACCCCGCCGUUGACGCGAGCACCGGGCAGGAGGUUAAGUAUGAUCUAUGGAAUUAUGCCCCGAUCAGGCUUUUCGGGCCGAGGCCCUUUCCCGUCAGAUUCAAGGUUAGGAGUAACUUGAAGAAGGAGAUGAUUUUGAAGGCCGAGGUAUUAUAG